ACAACAACCAAGAAAAAAGAAAUGCUUAGAACCUUUAAGACACUCAGCUCGAAGGCCGCUGCUGAGUUGGAUGGUGAACUCAUGUCAAGCGGAGCAUUCUCCAUUGACCAGCUCAUGGAACUCGCGGGCCUAGCCGUGGCACAGGCAAUCUAUAAAGAGUACCCUCCACGUGAGAAAACCCCCAAUAAUGUAUUGGUACUUGUUGGGCCCGGGAAUAACGGAGGUGACGGAUUGGUGGCUUCUAGACACUUGAGACUCUGGGGGUAUAGUCCAUAUCUCUAUUACCCCAAGAAAUCCUCAAGGUUGGAACUUUAUGGGAACUUGUUAACUCAAUUGAAUGAUUUAGGAGUAUCAGACUAUGAACUGUGGUCGGAUAUUCAGGAGAAGAACCUCUUGAAAAACACCGAGCUUAUCGUAGACUCGUUAUUUGGGUUCCUGUUUAAGCCACCGGUGAGAUCUCCAUUUGAUGCCGUAUUAAAAUAUUUAUCUGAAAACCACAGAUUCCUCCCGCCCAUAGUUUCGGUAGACAUUCCAUCUGGCUGGGACGUUGAUACUGGCGCCGGCGCCAUCGACAUCCACCCAGCCAUGUUGGUCAGUCUCACGGCCCCGAAACCGUGUGCUCAAAAGUUUGUUGAGUCGGAGGGGGCCGUUUCUCAUUACUUGGGCGGUCGAUUUAUCAAUCAGAAAAUAGCCACAAAGUACGGAAUUGAAGACUUGGUAAAUAGCUACAAAGGCAACGAUAUGAUUGUAAAGUUGUGAAUAAAAUUAAAAGUUUAAUUAAACUAACUAUAAAUAUACAAUAAAUGUACAU